GUGGCUGUUAAAUGUAGCCAGUAGCUAUACGGGAAGCGUAUUAGCUGUGUUUUUUUUCCCUCAAAAACCGUUUGUCGAUUUAUUUAAUAUUUGAAAUGAGGGGAAACGGUUUUGUUUUUAUUCAAUUUCAGUCAAAAAUAAGAAGGUGAAUCAUACCUGAGCGACGCAAGGAUUCGCAGAUUCCUUCAACGUCGAUCACCCAGAGUUAUUCAAGAAGCACACUACUGAAGAAGCUUAGAAGGCAGAAAAUGACCCUGAGUUCUGAAGUGAAAGACUGAAGGUGAAUGUGUCGGUGUCACCUCCAUUUCACCUGUGUCCACACUUCAGUUUCCAAAGCCAGAUGGAUUCCUAUAAUUUAAACUUUGAGAAAAUGAGCAACCUGGACCUGCACCCUCUGAGCCUACCAUUGAGUCGGCUGUCCCCAGCCAAGUCCACCAGCAGCAUCGACCAGUUCACAUACCACCACGGCAAGGGCGACUCGGCCUACAGCUCCUUCUCUGGGGGCUCCAACGCCCCAGACUACUCCUCCCCCUUCCUUCCAGAUGACCUCCAGCACCACAGCCUGCACUAUGCUGACCUGAAGUAUGUGAAGGCCAUCUACCACCCCAACGUCCUCGACUCUGACGCCAAGAGCAUGGAUCAGCUCUACCGCUCCAUGGAGGCCAUCUCAAACCAGUAUUGCAACAACAAUGGCUGCCUGAGUGCAACACAGUACUGUGAUCAGAAUCAAGAAAAGCUGCCACCCCCUCCUCCUCUGCCCCCCGACCGCCUGGACAGCUUCAUAGUCACCAGGAACCUGGAGAACUGCAGGUCGCAGCACAGUCCCGAGGGCCAGCUGGCAGACAGGUCUCCUCCACGACCCCGGACAGAUAAUCCUGAUGCUGCCUGUCUCAGGCCUGACCUAGUCUAUGGUCGUAGGGCCUCACAGCCCUAUCACAGGGACCCAGUCAACUCUGACCACACGGAUAAGAACCCUGAGCAGCAAACGUCAGCAAACGUCUUAAGCCGAUCACCCCCUCGCACGAGUCAGCCUGAGCAGCACCCUAAUCAGCAGGCUGGUAGUGCCGGUGGCGGCCAUUCGGAGGGUCACUGUAAGAGGGUGCAAGAGCCCCGCGGGUCCCUCCUGCCGGAGCCACCGCCAUCUGCCAUCCCCUUGCAUGUGGCACAGAACAUGGCCAACAGCAGCAUCCAACACAAGGGCCAGUUCUACUUCGUUACAGGUGUUUGUAAGUCGUCAGAGUCCAGUCUGAACCAUGGUUCUCUGUGUGUGUCAGAAGGCAGUGAGAGCCCUGUGUCUGAGCCUGUGGACAGGGAGAGGUUGCACAGCACCAUGGACCACAUGUUCAGGAACACCCAACAGAGGAACUAUAUCACCCAUGACACCACAAAAACCGAUGUCAGGGAGUUUUACUCCAAGCGUCAAGAUAUAAACUCCAGAAGCCAAGAUGAGGCGAAACAGAUUCAGAGUAGGAUUUCAUAUGGCCCCGCUCACAUUUUAAACCGGCGCUCCCGCAGUUCCGAUGCUUUACAACAAAGUCUCAAGAUCCAGAGCAGAGAGAUCGGCAGGCAUCACAGCCCUAACCACCACAUCUUCUCCUGCGGCCCAGAGGAGAACUGUCCGCUGUUAUCAAAUUCCCACAACCAGGAAGUCCCUCCACCAAUCAGCAUGGAGCAGGCCACCCACCACAAGAGAGACGAACAAGUCAACGCAGGGAGGAGGCGGCCGUUAGGAGGCGUUGCCAGCCAGAACAUCAACAAGGAAAACACCCCGCUGCUGUACCACCUCACUGGAGCCAACAGGACGGGCCUGAAUUUGAAUUUGAAGCUCAAAAAUGACAUUGAGGUCGGUAUGCAAGGUGAAGAUGCAGGCCUCAAUGCUGCUCAUCAGGAAAGGCAAGCUCCUGUUAGCUGUAGUGAUAGGACAUCACAGGGUGAAACAUCCAAGGAGGAGAGCUCGGAGGCUAUCGCCCACCCCUGCAACACGCUGGACGACUCCUUUAAGAAGUACUACAAGGAGAAACUGAAGGGCGCCCAGGAUCAGGUCCUCAGGGAGACCUCCUUUAAGAGGAGUGACCUGCAGCUGUCCUGGCCCCACAGAGUGAGGCAGAGUGAGCUCAGGCCCACGGUACUUCACACAGUCUCCUCUUCACAGGACUCUGAGACCUCAGCAGACACACUCACCCCCUCCCCAACACAGUCUGAGGGGACAGAUAAGGAGGACAUAAAGGAAAUGCUGAAGGAGGUUGAGAAAGAGAGGCCAGAGAACGUUGCCCAGCCUCAGUUGGCUCGUAUCGGGGGCAGGAGGCGUCUGACUCCAGAGCAGAAGGAGCUGUGCUACUCCGAGCCGGAGAAGCUGAACCAGCUGGGUGACUCAGGUGAAGUAGGACUGCUGGUACUCUCAGGUGAUGAUGAGGAGCUGGGAGAACAGGGCCUGGUGGCAGCUAGGAGGAAGAUGUUUGAGACCAAAGGCAGGGCCCUGUCCACCUCCAGCCUCUCCAAGACCUCCCUGCAGCACCUCCAGCACAAGGCCCUGGUGGCCUACAUGGAGCGCAAGACGGGUCUCAAGGUGGCUGAGCCCCAGCAGCCUGCCCCUCAAGCCUCUCAAUCCCCCAAACAGGGGCACUCCAUGGCUGGGAAGCCAUCUGACUGGGGUCCCAAGCCUCAGUCUGGGAAUAAAGGAGGCCCCAAGAAGAAGCUGUACAGGCCCCAUUCCGCUGGAUGCGUCCUGGACUCGACCUCCAGCUCCAUGAAGCAUGCCCAAUUCAGCUCCUCUCAGUCCGGAGGUCAUUCCCACCAGGCUAGCUGGAGAGAGUCAACCAGCCCCUCUCAGGGGAAGUCUGCCUCUGAGGAGAGUCUUCUGGACCAACCAGAUCCACCUGAGUUGUUCAGAAACCGCUUCACCUCAACACCCCAUGCAUUUCAGGGUCACAACUACAUGAAUGAUCCCUCACCAGUCAAUGCUAUGGACACGUCCAGUGCUCAGACUCAGAGGCCAGUGGAUGAGGAGAGUGUGGUGGUAAGGAGAGACCAAGCGAAGAUUGUCCCUGAGGGUCAGCGAGUCCGGGUGAUGGGUCGGCGGGUCCGGAUGGUGGUCAAGCGGGGAAAGUCCCUGGAGGAGUUGGGUGUGUCCCAGGUCAGCAGCUCCUCAGUCCUCAGUAAGACCUCUGAGCAGCUGGGCCAGCUCCACAGCAGGCAGGGAGCCCCAGGACCAGGCCAGGAAAAAAGCAGCGUACCGUCCUUCAGCGAGACCCAGAGGAAGCCCCUCUUCAAGCAGGACUCUGCACCACAGCUGGGCAGUAGGGAGAAAAGUAGGGAGAUGACAAAAAGCACCAGGGAGUCCACUACGUCUAAUUCCCCAGUAUCAAACACCUCGUCUCAGGUCAGGGCUCAUUCAGAUGGGUCCCCUGGAUCAUACAACUUUGUCCCUUUGGUUAAAGAGGUGGUAGAGACCACUGGGCUCUCCUGCGACGUCCCACUCCCAUCGUACCUUAAUGGUCAGCAGUCCAGUGAGAGAUUGGUCAAGUCCACCUCAACUUUUCCCUCCAUACAUACCCAUCCCAGGGGCACUGGCGGGAGCAAGACUGGCUCGAACAGUGUGAAAACCGCCCCUCCUAUACAACACACUAUGGAGAGAGAGCAGUCGGUGGACGAGCCCAUUGAGACGACUCAGCCCGAGGCCUCUCAGGAAGUCUCCCUGAGCUGUGGAGUCACCACAGACCCGACUCUGUGGGUCAUACCACCUGAACCAGGGAGCCAAGUGGAGGAUCAGGGCCCAGCCCUUUCUGAUAAUCUGACCGAGGGAGAGACUCCAACUCUAGCCCAUGCUACAGCAGCUAGUGCCCUUACAACUUCCUCCACCACACCAGUCCCUGACACUGACACCUGCCAGAGUGGAGAGGGCCAACACCCAGGAGAAGACAAGGAAACCGAGAAGGAGGGGGAGGAGGAGACCCCAGCAGGAGAGACGGAGAGCCCAGAAAAGACACCCACCACCGAGGAUACAAAGUGGGAGGAGCUGGUGGAGGAGGUGGUCACAACGGAUCAAUCGCUGGCACGGGUGCUGUACCCGUUGACCAAUCGUAAGACGGUGCUGAUGCUGAUGGAGCAGCUCCUGUCAGAAGACACUCUGCUGAUGGAGGAGUACUAUAAGAAGAAGCAGAGAGACAUCAUGACACUGCAUGCUGCUGACGGCUCUAAAACAGUGGAUGAUCCUGAAGCACCUCCCACAUCUCCUGUUGAUGAGAAAGUCCAACCCCAACCAGAGCCACAAAGCAAGAUGGAUGUCACAGAGAAGAAGAGGCUGCUAGUGACGUGUAUUGAGGAGCGCCUGUUGGCCUUGGAGGAGCCCCGUGGUGCCCUGCAGGUGGAGGUGGAGGAGAACGGGUUGCGUGGCGAGGCCGUGGAGGCCCUGGUUCGGGAGCACUGCACAGCGGUGGAGGUGGAGCGCUAUUGCCUGUUCGUAGGAGACUUGGAGCGUGUGGUUAGCCUGCUGCUGUGUCUGUCCGCCCGGCUAGCCCGCGUGCAGAACACCUUGAGUACCGUGGACCAGCACACCGACGCAGAGGAGAAAGAUUCUCUGGACAACCGUCACCGUCUACUGUGUAAGCAGCGGGAGGACGCCAAAGACCUGAAGGACAACCUGGACAGACGGGAGCAGAUGGUGUCUAACUUCCUGUCUCGCUGCCUGACAGCCGAGCAGCUCCAGGACUACCGGCACUUCGUCCAGACCAAGGCCUCGCUCCUCAUCAGGAUGAAGGACCUAGAUGAGACGCAGCGUCUGGGGGAAGAGCAGCUAGAGUCCCUGCUCAACACCCUCCCUCUGUGAGGACCACCACUAGGUCCCCAUUCUACUCAUUUCCCCCAGCCAUCCAUCACCUCUCUGGGCUUAUAGAGUCCUGAACCCCCUCUGCUUCAUCCAUCCUGGGUUGUUACCAGCCAGCACAAUCACAUGGGUGUCCGUAUGUAUAAGGAAUAUAUGUGUCUUAGAAGGGUUUUAAAGUUAGGACUACAAUGUGGAAUGUCCUGUACAUCACCUUGUAUCACUUUUCAUUUGAUGUCCUUUUCACCUCUGCCUGCAAUUUAAAAAAGAAAAGAAUAUAUAUAUAUAAAAUAAGCUUUAGGAUUAUAUUCUGGCCUUGUGGUCUUUUUCAUCAUUCAUACUAGACUGUAUGUGUUUGUCAGAAUCUAAAAGAGGGUGAUAAAUGCUGUAUAUCUGUCAAAAUAGGCAGUAGAUUUAAUCUCCAUAUAUUUGUAGUUUUUUUAUGCAUUUAAAAUGAAGGCACUAUAGAUAAAAACCAAAAAGGUGAAUGGAAAAAAGCACUUUGAUAUGUAACUGCACAUUUCUGUUUUCUUUUGAAAACACUUAUUUCAAACGCUAAGCCUUAUGCCAGCCAAUGUUAUUUUUUUCAACUGAUUUGUAGAGGAAUUUUCCGCAUGAUGGGUUUUAUAUGGUACAUAAGCACAUUCAACGAGGCCGAUUAUGUACAGUAUUACCAGUGCUAUUUAAGCUACAGUCAUGUAUUGUGGUCUCACAAAGUUCCACUAAAGAGGUAACUCUUAUUUUUUUAAAUGAAAUGAUGCAUUUCCAUUCCAGAUUAUUUGCUUGAAAUAUCCUUUGGAUCUCACAAACUAAGCUUACUUUAAAUGAUUCAAAAUGAAAUGCCCAAGAACUCUCCCUGUCGGUCCUCUACCUCCUUCCACCAGAUGUUUUAUUUUAGGCUCUAGAAGCAGUGAAUCUGUUCACUCUAAUAAUAUGGAAUCCCCAUGCUGACCUUCAAUGUCAGCCUUACCCAGAAAAGGCCCUCCUCACCAGGGAACGUAUUAUUCGUUUUGACUUGUUUGGAGUUGCACUACAAUAAAUCUUCAUUUUAGACAUUAUUUCCAUAAUGAUGAAUGUCUUGUGUGAUGUCGUUCUGUUUUGAUAUGAUCAAUGUUGUGGUUUUAUUCAUUUCUAUUGAAUAUUUGACCAAGUGAAAGCACAGAGAGCUGUUAUUAUUCUGUGUUUAAUGAUGAUCCAGCAAGGCUUACUUGCAGCACUCUGAUUGAUAUGUGUUCAUUGUGAGGGGAUUAGGAUGAGCGAAGCCUUUUCCUGUUGUGUAACAGUACCGUGAGUUUUCUUUGUGUUUGGUACUUGUUUGUUUUCCCAAUCCUAUUCAUUCACAGAUAAAUAUUUUAUUGCUCUCCUCAUACUCUACAUACAGCUAGUUGAGAGAAUGCCAAGACUGUGUAAAGCUGUCAUCAAGGCGAUGGGUAACUAUUUGAAGAGUCUGAAAUGUAAAAUAUAUUUUGCUUUGUUUGACACUUUUUUUUGGUUACUACCUGAUUCCAUAUGUGUGAUUUCAUAGUUGAUGUUUUCACUAUUAUUCUAGUUAUCAUAAUAAAGGAAAAACCCUUGGAA